AUGUCUCGCUCGAUUCAUGCUCGACACGCCGAACGUUGGAACCUGCCGUCCGCAUGGUAUGCCGAGUUUAUGCUGAACCUGUUCAAAUACUGCAGUACACCUGAAGGAAACGCUGAAUAUCGCGCUUGGAUGAUAAAAGAACACGGCGAGGAGGAUGGCAACGAGAGAAUGCGCAAGUCCAAGGACCCCGGCGCACCAAAGAGGCUUUCUGAGAUGAGUCAGGAGGAAAGGACACUCUUUCGUAUUGCGGUGGAUUUAACUUCCUUCACGGGGUUACAGUGUCACCCUGGAGAGAUGAAGCUUUUCCACGAGUUCUGCAGCGUGACUCGCACGGCCAUGCCGCCGCGACCCGCCGCGGCACCAUCUCGCCGCAAAGGAGAGUCAGCGGAGAAUUGGCUAUUUCGUAGGAAUGAGGGAUUAGCCCAAGGGCAACGCUACCCGGAGAUGGACUGGCAGCUUUGCAGAGCCAUUGCUAUCAGCGAACUUGAUCGCGUGCGCGACGACUACGCGGCUAUGCGAGCAGACAGUCAACUGUUUACGGAAAGAAUCCUGACCCGCAGAGAAAGUAUCAUACCAUCGCCAGAGAUAGUUGAGAUAGGACGUUCAAGUCCCGCUUAUCUUUGGGUUCGCACGACCGAGGAUGCAUGGCGAGCCAUCACCCUUCUUCAGCACUUAGCUCACUCCGCUUGGAGUCAAGCCGCGACUUUAUUCGAAGAUCUUGCCGAGAAAGGCAUCACCACUCCUCGCGCGCUUGAGCGUGCAUACAAGAGGGACUUGGAUCUGUUUUGGCGCCUCUUGCGCGUUAUCACUGCUGUCGCUGAGCUAGAACGCGCAAUGGUAGGGCAGAGUGCUCAGAUCAUCACGUAUAGCGAGUAUUAUAGGCCGUGGUUCAAGCGUUACCGGACCCCAGAUGGCUGGUCGCAUAUAGAUGUAGACAAGGACGCAGUUACAGCAAGAUCUCCCGCCGACGCACUCGACAGAGCAGUGAUGAGAGUCUGCACGACGGGACCGGAUGCUGCACCUACCAUGCUCUUGUGGAGAGAGCUCAAGCUAGCGACAAAACGUGAUGCUAGGGUCGGGAAGAGAUUCAGCGCCGAGGCAUACGAGUUCAUGGGAGACUUCGCCAUAGUUCAAGAGUUCAUUGCCAACGUGUACGACUCUCCUUGGGGAGAAACAUUGCGAAAACACGCCGAGAUCAUCAUGUCCCAAUGUCCCGAUCAAGAAAUCGUCAAGCGGCUCGCUUUUAUGCAGCUCGGCCCGGACUCUCCGUCCCCAGUUCGCGCAAGGUACAAAUACGGAAAAGCUAGCAGUGUAUCGGAAGACCAACUCGUUCGUUGGAAGGAAGCCCGCGAGCCGGACGCGAUCUACUUUGGUCCCGAGUUUGGGAAUAAAGUCAACCCCCUCAACUUCUGGGUACGGGAUCCUUCCUACUUUGAUCCUCUCUUGCUCCGCAUAGACGCCACGCUAUGGAGUUCUGCCAGCAAGCUCGACCGACCUGGACAGCCUGGAACUGUAGCCCGACUGUACGGCUUGCUGGAUCCCAAAGACCCAAAAAGACCUACCUCCGCGAAAAGACGCCAACAGAAGCUCUUACAGCAAGACCCCGCCCCUCAGACGACACCAGCUCCUGCAGCAAGAGUCUACGAGCCAACCAUCCCCAUUGCGGUACCUGGAGCUAAGGACGAUGCCAUCGUCUCUGGGCACAGCUACACGGCAGAGGUCAAAUUCGAAAGCCCGUCCAAAGUCAAGAAGAAGAAAAAGAAGGGGAAAGCCGCGAGUAAGGCUUCAGGCACUGAGCUAUCCGUCGAUAACAUCACUCCCUUAUUGGAGACGACAACGAUAGAGCAAGAACCUUCACUGGCGGAGGCCGACCAAUCUCAACAGGUCAACCUAGACGAUGCUCCCGAUGCACUGCCCAUCAAGUUCGUCUUGCCUCGCAAAAUGGCAAAGAUCAUUCACCGUCUUCUCGAUGGACGCUACGACGACGACUUCACCAAGGAAGAUGCCGGUGCACCUGCAAAGGGCGAAGUGCGCUGGCAGGACUUCGAGAAGGUCAUGCGUCGCAUCGGUUUCCAAGUCGUCCAAACGGCGGGUUCAUCGGUGCGCUUUGAUCCCCCUGCCAGAACCGCCCGGCCUAUAUCCUUCCAUCGACCACACCCGGACGCCAUCAUUCCGCCCAUUAUGGCAAAGUGGUAUGGAGCCCGCUUGUCGCGAGUAUAUGGCUGGAGCAUGUCUACCUUCGAGAUUAAGGCCGGCGUGGAAACGGAGGAGACCGAAGAGUAA